AUGGGACGCUUCGCUCUCAACCACACCAUGCUCCGCGUCAAGGACGCCGAGAAGUCGCUCGACUUCUACACCCGCAUCCUCGGAAUGGAGAAGAGCGAGUCCCUCUUCCCUACCUCCCCGUUCGGCGUCCACGAGUCGCCCGGCGGCGACUUUACCAACUACUUCCUCGCGUUCCCCGAGGAGGGCAAGGAGGGACUCAGCGCCGAGGAGAAGGCCGAGCGCAAGUUCAAGCGCGAGGGGGUUCUCGAGCUGUGCCACAACUGGGGCACUGAGAAGGACGCCGACUUUAGCUAUGCGAACGGCAAUGAGGAGCCUGGUCGCGGCUUCGGCCACAUCGCCCUCUCGUGCGAGGACGUCGAGGCCGAGUGCGACCGCCUCGAGAAGGAGGGCGUCGAGUUCAAGAAGAAGCCGUCCGAGGGCCGCAUGCGCCACAUUGCCUUCAUCUACGACCCGGACCGCUACUGGAUCGAGCUCGUCCCGAGCGGCGGCAAGAAGGGCGAGAAGGGCAUGUGA